GUGUGUGGUGAAGCUGCUGUCACUGAUAAUGGCUCAUUGUGAGUCUGGUUUGUUUCUCGUAGCCUCUCACGAUCAGCACGCCGUCCCUCGCCGUGGCUGAGAACAUGGCUGACCUCAUCGAUGGAUACUGUCGCCUGCUCAGCGGCGUCAGCACGUCCUUCAUCGUCCGAGCGCACAAAGAGGGGGAAAGAGCUCUUCCAUCCAUUCCAAAACUGGCCAACAGUGAGAAGCGGCUGGAGGGGGUCCGGCCAGGAGUUCGGACCAUCUCUGUUUCAGAAGAUCUAAGCGGAGAUGAAACAGACGACUAUGCAGAGAUCAUAGAUGAAGAGGACACCUACACCAUGCCCUCUACCCAAUGCUUUGGAUCAUACACAGCUCAGGACUAUGAGAUCCAGCGGGACAGAAUCGAGUUGGGACGGUGUAUCGGCGAGGGACAGUUUGGUGACGUCCAUCAAGGGGUUUACAUGAGUCCGGAGAACCCUUCGUUAUCUGUGGCCAUCAAGACGUGUAAGAACUGCACCUCAGACAGCGUGCGUGAGAAGUUCCUGCAGGAAGCUCUGACGAUGCGGCAGUUCGACCAUCCGCACAUCGUGAAGUUGAUCGGAAUCAUCACUGAAAAUCCCGUCUGGAUCAUCAUGGAGCUGUGCACGCUUGGAGAGCUGAGGUCGUUCUUGCAAAUAAGGAAGUACAACCUGGAGCUGUCCGUGCUGAUUCUGUUCUCCUAUCAGCUGAGCACAGCGCUGGCGUACCUGGAGAGCAAACGCUUCGUGCACAGGGACAUCGCUGCCAGGAACGUGCUGGUGUCUUCCACAGACUGUGUGAAGCUCGGUGACUUCGGUCUCUCCAGAUACAUGGAGGACUGCUCCUAUUAUAAAGCUUCUAAAGGAAAACUUCCGAUCAAAUGGAUGGCUCCUGAAUCUAUAAACUUCCGUCGGUUCACCUCGGCCAGCGACGUCUGGAUGUUCGGUGUGUGUAUGUGGGAGAUCCUCAUGUUGGGCAUCAAGCCCUUCCAGGGUGUGAAGAAUAACGACGUGAUCGGGCGGAUAGAGAACGGCGAGAGGUUAGCGAUGCCCCAGAACUGCCCUCCGACCCUCUACAGUCUGAUGACCAAGUGCUGGGCGUACGACCCCAGCAAACGGCCGCGCUUCACCGAGCUCAAGACGCAGCUCAGCACUAUCCUGGACGAGGAGAAGGCCCAGCAGGAGGAGCGUUUCCGUAUGGAGAUGAGGAGACAGGUCACCGUGUCCUGGGACGCCGGCAGCUCAGACGAGGCUCCUCCGAAGCCCAGCAGACCUGGUUACCCGAGUCCUCGAUCCAGCGAUGGAUAUUUCCCUAGUCCUCAACACAAUCACUACCAGGGGUCUGGAUAUCCCGGAGCAGGACUCCCUCCGCAGGCGUCUGUCCUCGACCCACAUGAAGCAUGGAACCAUCACAGACAGGAGGUGCCCGUGUGGUCCCCAAACAUGGAGGAUGGGGGCGCUCUGGGGCGGAGUCACCUGAUGGAGGAGACGCUCAUCAAACAGCAGCAGCAGAUGGAGGAGGACCAGAGAUGGCUGGAGCAGGAGGAGAGCUUCCUGAAGCCGGAGUCGAGGAACUCGAGGGGCAGCAUCGACCGCGAGGACAGCGCUCUCCAAGCCCCGAUGGGGAAGCAGCACAUUUAUCAGCCCGUGGGUAAAGCAGAACAUGUGGCUCCUCCGAAGAAGCCGCCGCGUCCCGGCGCUCCGAGUCACCUGACCAACCUGAACCCCGCAGACAGCUACAACGAGGGGGUCAAGCCCUGGAGGAUCCAGCCUCAGGAGAUCAGUCCUCCUCCCACAGCAAACCUGGACCGCUCCAGUGAUAAGGUGUAUGAGAACGUGACGGGGCUGGUGAGGGCCGUGAUCGAGAUGUCCAGCCGCAUCCAGCCCGCGCCGCCCGAGGAGUACGUGCCCAUGGUGAAGGAUGUUGGACUGGCGCUCAGGACUUUACUAGCGACGGUGGACGAGACCAUCCCGGUGUUACCGGCCAGCACUCACAGAGAGAUCGAGAUGGCUCAGAAGCUGCUGAACUCAGACGUGGCGGAGCUCAUCAGUAAGAUGCGUCUGGCGCAGCAGUACGUCUUGACCAGUCUGCAGCAGGACUACAAGAAGCAGAUGCUGACCGCGGCUCACGCGCUCGCUGUCGACGCCAAGAACCUGCUGGACGUCAUCGACCAGGCUCGGCUGAAGAUGCUGGACCAUCAGCCGGACCUUCAACACAGCUCACCUUACACAAACACACCUUCAUAAGACAAGAGCAGACGAAGCGCUUUACAUCCGCUCGCAGCAGCAUGCUUUCUCUUCUAUCCAGAGAUGAACUUUCUCAGCGCUGGAGAAUCUGCAGCUGGAAACAAAUCCAAAGGUUUCUCGACAUCACUGAUGACUUUAUAGACUUCGGAGGUCAAGGUGCUUUAACAACAUCCUCCGAGAAACUCAAACCAAACCAGAGUCAUGUUUAACAGAUCGUUUUUAAGGAAUCACAGCUAUUGUAUGAAACCGAGGGAAAUCCCAGUGCCAAUAUAGACACAUAUCUGAGCACACACUGAUCACUCUUAUAAUCGAAGCUGCCUUCUGAAUUCAUCUGAAGAGACGUAAUUCUGUAACUCAUGUCAUGUUGUUGUUGU